AACACAUAGAGCCUGACAAUGCGAGCGUGAGUAUCAGUGCUCACUCCUCAAAUCCGUGCUCAUAUCCGCAGCGUUUCGCUCUUGGAGAAUUUGUACUUGGAUUAGGGUUAGGGUUUUAGGCUUCGCUAUGGAUCCUUCCUCGAAGAAGCGCAAGGCCGACGAUAAUGGUGCCCCCGCUCCCUCUCCUUCGCUUAGUCUGACCCGUGAGGACACUCGCAAGAUUAUCGAAUCCUUCAACCAGGAGCAGCUUGUCGACAUCGUCGCCGAUGCCAUGUGCCGUGACGCUGCCGUUCUGGACGCCGUGCGCAUCAUCUCUAAUCGAGACCUUGCUCUGCGCAAGCUCUUCAUCCGCGGCUUAGGAUGGGAGAUCACCGCGGAAAUGCUCCAGUCAACCUUCUCCAAGUACGGCGAACUCGAGGAGGCCGUGGUCAUCACUGACAAAAACACCGGAAAGAGCAAGGGUUACGGGUUCAUAACCUUCCGCAAUUUUGACAGUGCGCUUCUUGCCCUAAAGGAGCCCAAUAAGAAGAUCGAUGGCCGAAUGACCGUAACCCAGCUCGCGGCUGCAGGACCCACAGCCCCCCCUCCUCCCGCUGCUGAUGUUUCCCAGCGGAAGAUCUUUGUUGGUAAUGUGCCUUCUGAUAUGCUUUCCGAUCGCCUCCAUGCCCUUUUCAGCUCGUAUGGCGAGAUAGAGGAGGGCCCGCUGGGUUUUGAUAAACUUACGGGGAAGUUCAGGGGUUAUGCCUUGUUCGUCUAUAAGAAUGCGGAAGCUGCUCAAGCGGCUCUUGUUGAACCAGUAAAGACUAUUGAUGGGUACAAGUUGCAGUGCAAGUUGGCCACUGAAGGGAAAAAGGGGAAGCCUGGGGCUACUGUUCCGGGUUCUGGAGUGCAGGGCCAACUGAUGACAGGCACGGGAUCUGAUGGCCAUGGUGAUGGGCUGGCAAUGGGCUCUCAGUCCUCAUUGCCUGGGUCCCUGUCAAAUCAGUUUGGUGGCCAUGGUGGGGGGUUCCCAUCAUAUGGUGGUUUCUCUGGAAAUGGUGUGCUUCCUGGUGUUGCUGCAGGUUUCGGACAGCACCACCAUCUUAACACCCCUUUGCAACCAUCAAUUGGUUUAGGAAAUGCAGGAGUACCAUCUCUUGGAAGUCAGGUGCCUUCCACGCUGGCUGGUUCUGGAGCGGGGGCCUAUGGAGUUAGUGGUUUGAGUGGUGGUCCAUAUGGUUCCUCAUUUCAGUACUCAAGCUCCGGUGGCUACGGAGGUUUGGGCAUGGGUUCUUCUCUGUACCGGAUGUUGCCGGUAGGCUCUGUGGGUAUGCCUUCAAGUGGUUAUUCUGAGAGUGGACCAUACUCUUCUUCAAUGUACCAAGGUCAGCAUCAGCAGCCUGCAGGGUCAUCUCCUGGACAUCGGUUUCCACUUGGUGGUGGGAUGUAUCAGAACACCCACCAUUAUUUCUAAGAACGGGGAGAGGAUAAUCAGGAUUGGGAGAAGGGAUACAUUUCCAACAAGAUUGUUGGAGUUUUUUUUU